UUUUGCGUCCGACUCUUGUCUUCUCCUCUCAGUGUGUCUGAAAGCAGAUAUUUCAUGAAUGGCACAGGUGCGUUUCUCCUUUGGCACCCGGACACCUUAGCGCUGAAGUGUACUCUUCUCGCGGACAUUCCAGAAUUAGACUGGAGAGCCAACAUGAACAGGAAUGUUUUUCAACAUUUUUAGAAAAGUGAAAAUCGCUUUACAUAAGUGAGGUAGGGACUCUCGGCACAAAUAUGCCUCUGCUUGUAGCUGCCCCCCUCGGCCCUCCGUGAAAGCUUCAGCCAUCGAUCGGGAAGGGCACACCCUCUCACCCCACCCCUCCCGCUCCGCUGCCGCUACCAACUCCGCCCCCCGGGCCCCCGCCCCCAUGCUGCCAUGCCCAUCAUCAGCAACGCCAACCAUGACCUCAGCCACCUGUCGCUUAGCGACGACAGCAGCCUGGACCGGAUCUUCACCGAGAUCCCGGAGACCGAGACCAUCAAGGGCGUCUACUACCAGCGCGCCCGGCUCAUCCGCCGACCGCAGGACCUGCUGGCGGUCGACCACGCGGCUCAGGCGGUCAUCAACGUGGGCGGCAACCGCUACGCCUUCCCCUGGACCACGCUGGAGCAGUUCCCCCUGACACGGCUGGGCCGGCUGCGCUUCUGCAGCAGCUACGAGGAGAUCGUGCAGGUGUGCGACGACUACGACGAGGCGGCCGGGGAGUUCUUCUUCGACCGCAGCCCGUCCGCCUUCCGCGUCAUCCUCAACUUCCUGGCGGCGGGCAAGCUGCGGCUCCUGCGCGAGAUGUGCGCCCUGUCGCUGAGCGACGAGCUGGCCUACUGGGGCGUGGAGAUGGCCUACAUGGAGCGCUGCUGCAAGCGCAAGAUGUACACGCGCAUGGACGAGGCGGCCGAGCGUGAGCGCAGGGAGGAGGAGCGCAGGAGGCGCAACGCGCAGGCCGGGCCCCCCGUGGAGGAGACGCGCUACCGCAGGGUGAUGGGCUGGCUGAGGGACACCGUGGAGAACCCGCACUCGGGCGUGCCGGGCAAGGUGUUCGCCUGCCUCUCCGUCAUCAUGGUGGUCAUCACCGUGGUCAGCCUCUGCAUCAGCACCAUGCCUGACCUGAGGGAGGAGGAGGACAGGGGCGAGUGCUCUCAGAAGUGCUACCACAUGUUCAUCGUGGAGACGGUGUGCGUGGCCUGGUUCUCCCUGGAGUUCUUCCUGCGCUUCCUGCAGGCCCGCAGCAAGCUGGCCUUUGCCCGCGGGCCCCUCAACAUCAUCGACGCCUUGGCCAUCCUGCCCUACUACGUCUCCCUGCUGGUGGAGGACGAGGACGAGGGCUCCCCGCAGCACGAGAGGCCCGGAGGGGGCAAGGGCUACCUGGACAAGCUGGGCCUGGUGCUGCGCAUCAUGCGGGCUCUGCGCAUCCUGUACGUGAUGCGGCUGGCCCGGCACUCGCUGGGCCUGCAGACGCUGGGGCUGACGGUGCGGCGGAGCACGCGCGAGUUCGGCCUGCUCCUGCUCUUCCUCUGCGUGGCCGUGACUCUCUUCUCACCGCUCGUCCACCUGGCGGAGAGCGAGCUGACGCCCGGGGCGCACGACUUCAGCAGCAUCCCCGCCUGCUACUGGUGGGCCAUCAUCUCCAUGACCACGGUGGGCUAUGGGGACAUGGUGCCGCGCAGUCUUCCGGGCCAGGUGGUGGCGCUGAGCAGCAUCCUGAGCGGGAUACUCAUCAUGGCCUUCCCGGCCACCUCCAUCUUCCACAUGUUCUCCCGUUCCUAUCAGGAGCUCAAGCAGGAGCACGACAGGGAGUUCAAGGAGGAGGAGAGGGCAGCGGCGGAGGCAGCCGCCUCGGCCGCCGGAGAAGACCUGCAGGAGGGGGAAGACCGCUUCCCGCCUUCCAACAACUUCUACUUGAGCCUGAACCUCACCCAAGAGUCCCUCAAUCUGCUGGAGCCUUCCACCGAGGAGAGUCAGCAGACCCUGCCUGCUGGGGCGUUCUGAACCUGCAGCGCAACCCUUGACAUCUUGGGAACACUGGUUCUGUCUUGGGUUCUCUGGCAGGGUUUCUUCAGUCAGAUGGACCAAACUGUUGUCAACUCCGUUUUUGGCCCUCGUUAUCGAUGGAAAAGCUGGGAUUGCUGGGUACCUUUGAUGAAACCUGGAUUCUCUCGAAUCAGACUACAGACUACUCUGUGCUUCCGUCCUGUAGCUCCUUGUCAAGGCACAACAGAACAAUCUAUGCUUCUCCUGCUGCUUAUCCCUUUCUUUCACUGUCUUCCAGACCCAUCUGCCUCUCCAGACACCAAAGGGCACUCAACAAACUAUGGCUGUAGAGCUUUUUAUUUAGAAAAAAUAAGUAAUAUCUAUGAGGUUGGAGUAAA